ACCCUCUUCGCCGGCAGCCUGGCUUGGAGCGUUGAUGACAAUGCCCUCUACCAGGCUUUCGAGUCUUUCGACGGCCUUGUUGGUGCCCGUGUUGUCACCGAGAAGGGCACUGGCCGCAGCCGUGGUUUCGGUUAUGUUGACUUCAAGGAUGCUGAGUCUGCUCAAGUUGCCUACGAGGCCAUGCAGGGCCAGGAUGUUGGUGGCCGUAACAUCAACCUCGACUAUGCCAACGCCCGCCCCGAGGGUUCCAACCCUCAGGACCGCGCUGCCGACCGCGCCAAGAAGCACGGCGACACCCUCAGCGCCGAGAGCGACACCCUGUUCGUCGGCAACCUGCCCUUCGACACCGAUCAGGAUACCGUUACCGAGUUCUUCAACGAGGUUGCGGCUGUCACUAGCGUUCGACUGCCCACCGACCCUGAUAGCGGUAACUUGAAGGGCUUUGGCUAUGUCACCUUUGGCUCUGUUGAGGAUGCCAAGGCUGCCCUUGAGGCCAAGAACGGUGCUACCAUUGGCAACGGCAGAUUCGCCCGCAGCCUGCGACUUGACUUCUCUAGCCCCCGUCCUCAGGGAGGAGCUGGUGGUGGCCGUGGCGGCUUCGGUGGCGGCCGUGGUGGUCCUCGCGGAGGCGGUCGUGGUGGCCGCGGUGGCCGUGGUGGUUUCGGCGGUGGCCGUGGCGGUAACUUUAGUGCUGUCAACCGCACCAAGCCCGCUGGCACCAAGAUCUCCUUCGACUAA